AUGGAGACAAGCAGGUUAUACUCGAUAGCACAUGAUGCUUUCCGAACGAUAGUUCCUGCGCUACAAGACCGCGAAUCGCUGACGUUGCGUACACUUCCAAAUGCCCAUCUCUACUGGAUUCCCUACCUUUUCCUGGCGUACCUCGUGCGACGGGAGAAUACCCACCUACUCCGGAUCUUACUUUUCCCGAUAGUGGUUUUGACGACAAUUGCAUGCACAUAUCACUACCGAUGUGACAGUGACGCGUUUCUGAUAUGGGAAUUCCAGAGAGGGCUCUGUCCAUUCAUAGUCCUGGCUUUGUCUAUCGACUUUGCGUGUGUGAGGGAAGGGAGAUUCCGUAUAGGAGAGAAGAAGUUGAGGCCUAUGUUUGGACAUCAAGAAGAGGAUAAUAGAGAUCAUCUCCUUCCUCUGUGGCUUCAUGACGCACUGGACGUUGGUCUUGCCUUCAGAGGGAUAGGUUGGGAUUUUGGAGAUGGUUACUUGGUCCCAAGCCGCCGCCCUACAGAGCGUGGCGCUUUUCUCUGGACUACUUUUCUGGAAAUUCUCAAGAAGGUGCUCAUCGUAGAUUUCAUCGACUCGUUCGUGAAGCUGGUCCCGAACCUCGGUACUCCCUCAGGCGGCUCCAUAUUCUUCCCAGGGCUACCCCCAAUUCAGCGAUACACAUUCUCAACCAUCCUUAAUGUCGCCAUAGAACUCCUUAUGAACCUUGGCUUCGAUGUCUCAUUCAACUGUGUCACAUUUAUCGGAGUAGCCCUGCACGUUCGCGACCCGUCAUACUGGCGCGAGUUUCAGGACAAGCCGUGGUUAGCUUCUUCGCUCCACGAGCUUUGGUCUAAGCGCUGGCAUCAAGUCUGGCGCCAUCCGUUCAUGAUAGUUGGUGGGUAUCCUGGAGGAUGGAUCGCAGGCAGAGUCGGAGCGUUGAUGGGCACGUUUCUCGCCUCGGGUCUAUACCACGAGUGUGGCAUCUUUUUGCUCGGGAAAGGGGUAGACCAUCGUGUCACCCUCUUUUUCUUGUUGCACGGCGUCGGCGUCCUGUUGGAGGGUGUGUGGAGAAAGCUUACGGGAAAGAAAGUUGGUGGUAUCAUGGGACGCGUACUUGUGGCGCUCUCCCUGCUCGGUCUGGGUCAGAUACUCUCGGACUCGUUCGGACUUGCGGGUAUAGCUGGGGCAACCAUCAUUCCGUGGCAGUUGAGCCCCACAAGGCUACUUUUGUUCCCUUUGAUACGAUACUUUAUCCCGUCAUUCUGA